CUUUAAGAAACGGACCUAUAAAAAAGUCUAUUCUCCGUGGUCGAUAUUCUGUAGUCUCUGAGUUUUGACAGCCCAAGUGGAAAGAGAUUCGUACCGAAAAAUGUUAAAAUUUACGAACAGUUUAACUAAUGCUAAAUUAGUAUUGGUAAGGCGACAUAUGAGCGAUGGCUCUUGCGCCGCCUUGAUUGUAAUGCGCAACCCGCAUCGGCGGUAUGCAACUGAACAAAAGCCAGACCCAUCAUGCAGGGCUCCCCCAGAAGCCCCAAAGAGUCACAAGUUAUUCUGGGGGGCGAUCGGGGCAACCAUACUUACAGGAGCUGCAGUUGUUUAUGCGAAGAACAGUCCACGUACCCGCAACUGGCUAGAGUCAAACGCUCCUUGGGCUAACGACCUUGUGGCUCUAGUCUACCAGGAGAACACAACUUACUGGAAGGCGGCUUCUAACCAAUUCAACAGGACAACCACUUACCUCGGCGAAUUCUUGUUUGGAAAGGAGGGUGUAACUCCAACGGAAUUGAAGAAUAGAUCUGACCAAGAUAUUGAGAAGGAUGCUGAGGAACAUUUCUCAAAGAAAUCUUAUCAAUUGCCGCCGCCCCUAUUUGAACCUUUGUACGUCGAAGAGAAACCUCUGAAGAAGCCAGAAGUUGAUUCUAAUGCGACUCUGAUUCAAACCGACAAGUGUGAACCUCAAACUACAGUGGUGAUUAAAAUAACCAAAGACAUGGUUGAGUUGGAACAUGAUAUGCAUGAAAAUGUCAAGAUAGCCAUAGACAACUAUAAACUGGCUACAUCCUUCUGCGAUGAAUAUAACAAGGCUUUAUUCAAGAUAGUAGAGACAUCUGUCGACGAUUUAGAAAAGAAACACUACUCAGGGCUGGCAGGGCUGAAUGUGCAGAAAGAAAACGCAGCCAAGAAAGCUAGAGAGGCCUCGGCUAAAGCUAAACUUGCCCUUGAGACCCUCGACCGCAUGAUAAAAUCGGGUCAGAUGCAGGCGCCGCCGGAGAGCCUCGCCACCACCAAGCGAUACAUCAAGCAGUUCCGAGCUGAUCUCACCAGCGCUGAGGACACGUACGCACAGGAGCUCGCCAAGUCAUCGCUCAGCGAGAAGUAUUGGAAUAAGGUGGAGGCGGCGCGAGGCAUGUUCAGAGAGGAGCUACAAGCGUUGUUCCCCGGCAUCGACUUGUGUGCGAAGAAACUCGACAUUAAAGGCGACGUCGAUCUCUUGCUCGCCUACACGCUUCAAAAGGUACAAUACCUGCAAAACCAACUCGCUGAGUUGCAGACAGUACGCGAUCUGAAGAUCAACAGGGCUAUCGAAUGCAACGACGAGAAAGCACUUAUCGAAGCUAAGGCCGAGGAUAUUAUUAGAAACGAAAGGAGUGCAAUGGAGGCGGAAUACUUGAAGAAGAGUAUACAAAUCCAAUCGGAGGCGAAUAGACAGACUAAGGAAGCGUUGAAGAAGCAGAUGGAGUUACAACAAGAAGUCAUGCAGGCCAGACUCGCUAAGAGAGAGCAAGAGAUGAUGGCCAACUUCGCCCGCGCGGUCUCCGAGGAAGUGGAGGCCGAACGUGUUGAGUUCAAGAAGGAGUUAGCAGCCAUGGCCGGCAAGCUCAAAGCUAUUGAAGAUACUUUGAAGCAGCGUUCAGGGGCCGAAGCCGAAGCCCGUCGCUCGCAGUCUCUGUGGACGGCGGCGGAGGCUCUGCUGGCCGCCACGCGCCGCUCCGUGCCCGACACCAAGGUCGACAACGAGCUCAAAGCUUUGGAGAAGGCUGGCAAAGACGACAAGCUAGUAGAAACAGUGCUGAAGGGCAUUCCCCCUGAUGUGCGCGAAAAGGGAAUCGUCACUGAGAAGGCGCUGCGAGAAAGGUUCGAAAAGAUGGAGCAAACAGCGGUGAAGGUGGCGCUAGUGGGCCGUGACGGCGCCACGCUGCCGGUCUACUUCAUGUCCUGGCUGCAGUCUUUGCUGCUGUUCAAGAAGUUCUCUGAUAUUCCUAAGGAUGAGUUGGACAACAAGCCCACAGACUUCACUCAGUUAGACACCUUUGAUAUUAUGCAAAGGGCAAGGUACCACAUGGACCACGGCAACCUGCCGGCAGCGCUGCGCUACGUGAACCUGCUGCAGGGCGCGCCGCGCGCCGCCGCGCGCGCGUGGGCCGACGCCGCGCGCCGCCACCUCGAGAUCCGCCAGGCGGCCGAGGCCGUCAUGGCGCAUGCCUCCGUCUCCUCGCUGCUGUAUCACUAGGACAAUCUAGCUUACCUGCAAUACCGUCUCCGUCUUAGCUCCCUGUAAGCUAUAGUACCGUCGCGGGGGCUCGGCGAAUACAAGUUUUUGACCGACUUCGAAAAUGGAGGUUCUCAAUUCGACCUUUUUUUUGCUAAUCGACUUACAAUUAACUACACACUACCUUCAAUUUUAAUUUCAAGCUCCAAAAACCGGGAUAUAAAUGCCAAUAACAGAUUCUCUGAGUCUUAUCCAGGCUUGACGAAUACAAGUUUUGUACUAAUUAACUCACCUCUCGAACAAAACUACCUUCAAUUUUCAUUUUAAGCACCAAGAUGAAAAUACCGAUAACAGUUUCUCUGAAUUUCCGAAUUAGUACCAUUAUAUUUUUCGUGGUACUUUCACCCGCCUACGCUAGAAAGAAGGUUAUGUUUUAGUUACAAAAAAUUUUGCGUAUAAUAGUUCGCCGCCCCUAGUAUAUCCUUCACCUUGUAAUAUUACAAACAUCUCAUAAUCUGGCAACACUUUUGCCAUUUAUGUCUGGCAACACUGAUACUAGAUAUUAAUGAACAUCAAAUUGAAAGUUAUAUUUCAGUAACACCAAAAACUUUCAGAGGUGUCAAUUUAAACGUAUCAAACUUUCAGUAGUAAAUGGCGCUCUAUUUCAGUUUUUUUUUUAACUAACGUCAUUAUUAAUUAACGCUUGUUGGCGUAAACUAAUGAACUCAAUAUAAAAAGUUUAUUUAUCAUUAUUGAAAUAUUAUACAAAGGUGAAGGUAGACGGUUGAAAAUUUUACUUAUGAAUCAGUUACGUGUUUCGCGUAGUCAAGAGAAAAUAGACCUUAAUGUUAUGGACACAGCACUUAUUAUUAUUAACAACAGCUUACAAAGCCGUGGGUAUUCGGUACUGUCCACUUUCAUUACUCUUUCAAAGUACUAAAGAUGAAAUAUUUCUUAGAGAAUUACUAACUAACCGCGACUUAGUGCUAGUAGUACUAUUUAAGUACAUACUGCCUUUCAUUUAUUGUAAGAAGUUGGAAUCCACCAAUCAGCUUACGAUUUAGAUUUGUAGGUAAUAAUGUCGCAAUUGUUAGCUUGGCUAAGGCCAGUAUUCGAUCAAGAUUUAUCAAAUGGAUAUAAAAAAAUCACCUAAUUAGACUGGGCUGUCAGAAUUUAGGUGCUAAAACGAACGUUUGAUAUAAAUAGUAUCAUUCGAUACGAUUAAAAACUUUUGUGGCAUACACAACCUCUAAACGUUUGAUAAAAACGAUAUUUUUUUGACAAGUUUAGUUGAUUGUAUUCAUUUUUUUUUCAAUUAGUCUUUUCACUUAUAAUUUUACUGACCUUUACCUGUUUUGAGGAAAGUGAUGUAUUAAAGGUACCUAAAAAUUGUAAAACUAUUGUUAUGUUAAAAAAUUAGGACCCGAAAAUGUUAAGUUUCUUCAAAACAGAGGAUUUUUUUUAUGUUAGCACAAAUGUGUCUGCAUUUAUUCCAAAAAUAACUAUCUGAAUAUUUAGAUUCCGUAAAUUAUUAUUGUGCCAGCGAAGAUAAUUUGUGGAGGUUUCCUUUAAUUUUAGUAAUUUAUGUAAAUAUAAAAAUAUUGUAUGUAAUAAAUUAAAAGAUGAUUUUUAUGUCAA